GAUGGCCUCGGGCCAGGAUAAGAGCGCCGCACUAGGCUGGGUCGAGCCGGCGCGUUGGCGGACGGUGGCUCCGCGAUGUUGUUAGUGAUGCUGAGUCUGGCGGCGUUGUGCGGGGGUGCGGUGACCUCGGAGCCGACAAUUCAGUGUGGCUCUGAAUCCGGACCAUCUCCAGAGUGGAUGGUCCGACAUACUCUGACCCCAGGAGACUUGAGGGACCUCCGAGUGGAACCUGUUAAAAGCAGUGAUGUGAUGGAGGACUAUUCAAUUUUCAUGAACAUAAGCUGGAUACUCCGGGCUGAUGCCAGCAUCCGCUUGCUGAAGGCCACCAAGAUCUGUGUGACGGGCAAAAGCAACUUCCAGUCCUACAGCUGCGUGAGGUGUAAUUAUACCGAGGCCUUCCAGACUCAGACCAGACCCUCUGGCGGCAAAUGGACAUUCUUCUACAUAGGCUUUCCUGUAGAGCUGAACACGCUCUAUUUCAUUGGGGCCCAUAAUAUCCCCAAUGCAAACAUGAAUGAAGAUGGUCCCUCCAUGGCUGUGAACUUCACCUCACCAGGCUGCCUAGACCACAUAAUGAAAUACAAAAAAAAGUGCAUCGAGGCAGGAAGUUUGUGGGAUCCAAACAUCACCGCUUGUAGGAAGAGUGAGAACAUGGUAGAAGUGAAUUUUACAACCAGUCCCCUUGGAAACAGAUACAUGGCCCUUAUCCAAAAUACCACUGUAAUCGGCACUUCUUAUGUGUUGAAGCACCAGAAUGAACAAACUCGAACUUCUGUGGUGGUUCCAGUGACCAGGGAAAGUGAAGGUGCUGUGGUCCAGCUGACUCCGUAUUUCCAUACCUGUGGCAAUGACUGCAUCCGACGCAAAGCAAUUGUUACGCUUUGCCCACAAGCAGGGGUCCCCUACCCUCGGGAUCACAGCAGAAGUGUCUUGGGUGGCUGGCUGCCUCUCCUCCUCUCGGCUCUGCUGGUGGCCACAUGGCUGCUGGCAGUUGGGAUCUACCUAACCUGGAGGCAUGAAAGGAUCAAGAAGACUUCUUCCCCUACUUCCACUCUACUGCCCCCCACUAAGGUUCUUGUGGUUUACCCAUUGGAAAUAUGUUUCCAUCACACGGUUUGUUACUUCACUGAAUUUCUUCAAAACCACUGCAGAAGUGAGGUUAUCCUUGAAAAGUGGCAGAAAAAGAAAAUAGCUGAGAUGGGUCCCGUGCAGUGGCUUACCACUCAGAAGAAAGCAGCGGAUAGGGUCAUUUUCCUUCUUUCCAAUGAUGUCAACACCAUGUGUGAUGGUACCUGUGGCAAGAGUGAGGGCAGCGCCUGUGAGAACUCCCAAGACCUGUUCCCCCUCGCCUUUACCCUCUUCUGCAGUGAUCUGAGAAGCCAAACUCAUCUGCACAAAUACGUGGUGGUCUAUUUCAGUGAAGCUGAUACCAGAGACGACUACAGUGCACUUGGCAUCUGCCCCACAUACCACCUCAUGAAAGACGUUACCGCCUUCCGCAAAGAGCUUUUCCACAUCAAGCAGCAUGUGCCGGUGGGGAGAAGGCUGCAAGCCUGCCACAACAGCUGCUCCUUUCUGUAGCCACCCACGAAGCAGGUGACCUUAAAGCCUUACUACCCCUCCAAUUACAGGGAAAAAAGCAUCUGUGAUGAUUCUGAAGUUUCCUGUACAGGUUACUUGUAGGGAGUAUUACAGUCAAACCUUGAACCACCCAGGGAUUAAGGAUUCUGACAUUUUAACUCUUCCAACUUUUUCUCUGAAAGCAUCUUUUUCUUAAUGCAGAGAUCACCAAAAGGCUGUUUGUAUUAGUAUUUGUAUUUUCCUAAGAAUGCUUAUUUUUUUCACAUAGUCCAAGACUGUCUGCUCUAGAAUGUGGAUCAGUUACAAGUGGAUGACUGUUAAAAUGUAGAUUAUCCUUAAAGGGCCAUGCCACUCCUUCCAAUACACGUCUUACAGAUAAAGACCACAAUGAAGAAACAGUGUCCAGAUUCAUAAGCAAAUACUUUGUACUGCCUGAGACAAUACAUUUAAUGUGAACGUUCACUUAUUUGUCAUAAUCAGUUUUCAGUGCCUGUAAAAGAAAGUGGACAUGGCUUAUGUCAAAACUUGGACCAGAAACCAACUUGAAUCAACACCUACCAGUUAUAAGAGCAAUAUGCUAUUAGGUGAAAAACUAUCAUAAACAGAAAUACUUAAUAUGCUUUUAGAACUAAGUAGCCAAUACUAAAUUGUGUUGAAGCAGCCUAGAAACAUAAAUAAAAAGAAACAUAAAUAAAAUC